ACUCGGGGUAUUCACAGCUAGCUCCUCUCUCCAGGCUCACACUUGAGCUGUGGCGAGUGACACAGUGCAGUGCUCAGUGACUCUCUCUGUACAAAGAGAGAGACGAGAGAGUGCAGAGAGUGUGAGAGGAAAUUAACACGGGAGGGAGAAAUGCUGGCGUUUACUACUAUCGCUUCUUCCUCCUGCACCCUCUGGUGCCUCCUCUUCUUGACCUUGGCGAGCGGCAAUGGCGUGACUGCCGCAGCACCACCCAGGGUUGGGUCAGGGUACAAGCUGGUGUCCCUGGUUGAGCAUGGAGGGGCGCUCGUUGGCUACCUGCAGGUGAAGCAGCGCACCUCCACCUACGGCCCGGACAUCCCUCUCCUCAGGCUCUAUGUCAAGCACGAGACCAAGGACAGGAUACGAGUCCAGAUCACGGACGCGGAUAAGCCGAGGUGGGAGGUCCCCUACAACCUGCUCCCGAGGGAGCCAGCCCCACCGGUAACGGGCGGGAGGAUGACCGGCGUCCCGUUCACCGGCGGCGAGUACCCGGGGGAGGAGCUCGCGUUCACCUAUGGCCGUGACCCGUUCUGGUUCGCGGUGCACCGGAAAUCCAGCCGGGAGACGCUGUUCAACACCAGCUACGGCGCCCUGGUGUUCAAGGACCAGUACAUCGAGGUGUCGACGGCGCUGCCCAGGGACGCGGCGCUGUACGGCCUCGGCGAGAACACGCAGCCGGGCGGCAUCCGGCUGCGCCCCAACGACCCAUACACGAUCUACACCACGGACAUCUCGGCGAUCAACCUCAACACCGACCUCUACGGCUCGCACCCGGUGUACAUGGACCUCAGGAGCCUCGCCGGCCAUGGCGUCGCCCACGCCGUGCUGCUGCUCAACAGCAACGGCAUGGACGUGUUCUACAGGGGGACGUCGCUGACGUACAAGGUCAUCGGCGGCCUUCUUGAUUUCUACUUCUUCUCGGGGCCGACGCCAUUGGCCGUGGUGGAUCAGUACACCUCCAUGAUCGGCCGCCCUGCGCCCAUGCCGUACUGGGCGUUUGGGUUCCAUCAGUGCAGAUGGGGAUACAAGAACCUGUCUGUGGUCGAGGGCGUCGUGGAGGGCUACCGGAAUGCGCAGAUACCCCUCGACGUGAUCUGGAACGACGACGAUCACAUGGACGCCGCGAAGGAUUUCACUCUUGAUCCUGUCAAUUACCCACGCCCCAAGCUGCUGGAAUUCCUCGACAAGAUCCAUGCACAGGGCAUGAAGUACAUCGUCCUCAUCGACCCCGGCAUCGCCGUGAACAACUCCUACGGCGUGUACCAGCGCGGCAUGCAGCGCGACGUCUUCAUCAAGCUCGACGGGCAGCCCUACCUGGCUCAGGUGUGGCCUGGCCCUGUCUACUUCCCCGACUUCCUGAACCCCAAUGGUGUCUCAUGGUGGAUCGACGAGGUGAGGAGGUUUCAUGAUCUUGUCCCCGUGGACGGGCUCUGGAUCGACAUGAACGAGGCCUCCAACUUCUGCACCGGCAAGUGCGAGAUCCCGACGACUCACCUGUGCCCUCUGCCCAACACGACGACUCCAUGGGUGUGCUGCUUGGACUGCAAGAACCUGACGAACACGAGGUGGGAUGAGCCGCCGUACAAGAUCAACGCCUCCGGUCAGACGGCGCGGCUCGGCUUCAACACCAUCGCCACCAGCGCGACGCACUACAAUGGCAUCCUGGAGUACAACGCGCACAGCUUGUACGGGUUCUCGCAGGCCAUCGCGACGCACCGGGCGCUGCAGGGGCUCCAGGGCAAGCGGCCGUUCAUCCUGACGCGCUCCACGUUCGUCGGGUCGGGCGCCUACGCGGCGCACUGGACAGGCGACAACAAGGGCACCUGGGAGAACCUCCGGUACUCCAUCUCCACCAUGCUCAACUUCGGCAUCUUCGGCAUGCCGAUGGUCGGCGCCGACAUCUGUGGGUUCUACCCGCAGCCGACGGAGGAGCUCUGCAACCGGUGGAUCGAGCUCGGCGCGUUCUACCCUUUCUCCAGGGAUCAUGCCAACUUCGCGUCGCCAAGGCAGGAGCUUUAUGUCUGGGAGUCCGUGGCCAAGUCGGCUCGGAACGCGCUCGGCAUGCGGUACAGGCUGCUCCCCUACCUGUACACGCUCAACUACCAGGCGCACCUGACCGGAGCUCCGGUGGCGCGGCCGGUGUUCUUCUCGUUCCCCGACUUCACGCCGUGCUACGGGCUGAGCACGCAGUACCUGCUCGGCGCGAGCGUCAUGGUGUCGCCGGUUCUCGAGCAGGGCGCCACCUCGGUGAGCGCCAUGUUCCCGCCGGGCAGCUGGUACAACCUGUUCGACACGACGAAGGUGGUGGUCUCCAAGGGCGAGGGCUCCGUGAAGCUGGACGCGCCGCUCAACGAAAUCAACGUGCACGUGUACCAGAACACGAUCCUGCCGAUGCAGCGCGGCGGGACGAUCUCCAAGGACGCGCGGGCGACGCCGUUCACGCUGGUGGUCGCGUUCCCGUUCGGCGCCAGGGAGGCGGAGGCGGAGGGCGCCGUGUACGUGGACGACGACGAGCGGCCGGAGAUGGUGCUCGCGGAGGGGCAGGCGACGUACGUCCGCUUCUACGCGAGCGUGCGCGGCAAGACGGUGACGGUGCGGUCGGAGGUGAACAUGGGGAGCUACAGCCUGCAGGAGGGGCUGCUCAUCGAGAAGGUGUCCGUGUUGGGGCUAGAGGGAACUGGCAGAGACCUCGCGAUCCAUGUCGAUGGCGCGAACGCUACCGCCAUUGCCGCGUCAAGCCCUUACUUUGCAGGUGCAGAGGCGGAGCUGCACGGACACCACGACCACGACGUAGAGGAGCGGAAGAAGAGCGUGAUGGUGGAGGUGGGAGGGCUGGCAUUGCCGCUCGGCAAGAGCUUCACCAUGACUUGGAACAUGCAGAUCGAAGCAUAGACCAAAGCUUCUUAUGCUUUCAUCUGCAUCUCUCCAUUCUCUCUCUCUCUCUCUCUCUCUCUCUCUCUCUCUCUGAUUUAGGUUCUAGUUCAGCAAGGUUAUGUAAACUCAGUCUUGCAGCACACCAUAUAUGAUUCUCUUCUGCAUUUGAAGCCUUGUGGAAAUAAAACUUGAUUUUUAA